UGUACAGAAAAUGGACUCAUCCUCAACAUCAUCAUCUUCAUCAGUUAAACAUAACUGGUCAAUUAAUGAUUUCGAUAUUGGACACCCACUCGGCAAAGGCAAAUUCGGCCGUGUCUAUCUUGCUCGUGAAUCCAAGAGCAAAUAUAUAGUGGCGUUGAAAGUGAUAUUUAAAGAGCAAGUUGAAAAAUACAAAAUGCACCAUCAGCUCAAGAGAGAGAUGGCUAUCCAGACUAGUCUUCGACACCCGAAUGUUCUCCGGCUUUACGGAUGGUUUCAUGAUAAUGAAAAGAUUUAUUUGAUUUUGGAGUAUGCUCAUGGCGGUGAGCUUUAUAAAGAGCUUCGUAGACGCCGUCAUUUCCCCGAGAAACAAGCUGCCACUUACAUUGCUAGCCUUACGCAGGCAUUAGCAUACUGUCACGAGAAACAUGUGAUACAUCGGGAUAUCAAGCCGGAGAACUUGUUGCUUGAUCACGAGGGUCGGUUGAAGAUAGCAGACUUUGGGUGGUCUGUUCAGUCAAAAAACAAGAGACAUACAAUGUGUGGAACAUUGGACUAUCUGGCACCAGAGAUGGUGGAAAAUAAAGCUCAUGAUUAUGCCGUCGAUAAUUGGACUUUAGGUGUUCUUUGCUAUGAGUUUCUGUAUGGUGUCCCUCCUUUUGAAACAGACAGCCAGGCAGAUACUUUAAGAAGGAUCAUGAAGGUUGAUCUCACUUUUCCCUCUACCCCACGUGUUUCCACUGAAGCUCAAAAUCUCAUUAUCCAACUUUUAGUGAAGGACUCUGCAAAAAGGCUUUCCCUUGAGAAGAUCUUGGAGCAUCCUUGGAUCAUCAAAAAUGCUGAUCCGAGUGGUACAUGCCCUAAAUAGAAUUUCGUGGUUUAUUCACACAUCUUAAAGAAGCAAGACCGGAACUUCAUGAACAGUAAUCUUUUUACUGCCUGUGGUCCAGCUGCAUGGAGAAAAAGGAUGAAUUUUAUGCUAUAAGUAAGCCAGAAAUGUAUACUUCCUGAUACAUGCACAUUCACAGAAAUUAGCAAAUGUUGUAAGUAUUAGUUAUGAUGUUUGUGUCAGUUGACCCUUGUCUGGGUUACUACAACCUAAUUUUCAUGUCACUUGAUCCAGUUAACCUUUUAAUAUGUUUUGCAAAGAUACAACCUAAAUAUCAAUCACCCUAUC